UAGCCGGGCGUACUCCAGUAUCAAGUCAUUCGUGAUUUUUGCACAAUAGAUUUCCCUUCAACUUUUAAAUUUAAUUUAUCGCGGCACAUAAAUAUUUCAUAACAAUAUUUUUUUUUUCUGUGGCGUUUUCGAUUGAAAGUAAAGAAACCGAAGUAAUAAAAAAAAACAUCAUGAAAUCUCAACUCUUGAACGUCUGUUUGGCAAGUUUUUGUCUCAUUGGCACCGCAUUUAGUUUUCAAUGGCCUUCGAAUAUUCAACAGUGUAAAGCAGCCGAUGAGACAUGCAUCCCGCAAGCUCUCACGCAAUUAUUCCGACAUGCCGAUGAAAUUCCCGAUUUGAAAAUUCCAAAAAUGGAGCCGUUCGUGUGGAACAAAGAGGCUGUACUACGAACACGUAACCCAAACGCACCAAUUAACAUCGUUAUUCGCAACUCCAAUACCACAAUCUACGGACUGAAAGCAAUGGAAAUAACGCAAGUCAAAGGUUUUGGACCUGACCCGAGAAAAACGAAGUUUGAAAUUAAAUCGACUGUACCGUUCUUGGUAUCGGUUUCAAAUUACAAGUCAACGAUGAAUCUAUUUGCAUUGCCAAUUACGACCGAAGGCAUUAGCAAUACAACCAUAACAAAUAUGGAAAUUCGUCAGAACAUCGAUGUUGAUGUCAUUCAAAAGAACGGAAAAGAUUACAUAAAAAUCAAAAAUGUUCGUGUUCAUAUAAAACUCAACAAAUUUUCGGUAGACUUCAAAAGCAAAACGGGAAAUCCAGCCAUCAAUGACACCAUUAAUAAAGCGAUUAAUGAAAAUUGGCGAGAGAUUUAUGCUGAGCUCAAACAGGAUCUGGAGAAAAGCAUCGCCGAUGUCAUCAAAGCUCUUAUAUCACCAAUUUUCGAAAAUAUGCCAUACCAAGAGUUUUUCUUGCAAUAAAUAUACUUGCGUCAACUAGCUAAACUAGGUUAUCUUCGACAAUUUAGAGCUGUUUUUCUAAUUUAAUAAUGUUGUGAGUUUUAUUGUCAAUUAAAAAAGAGGUGAAAAAAUA